GUCCUCGAUUCUAACACAUCCGUUUCACAUUCCUCGUAAUUUGCUGGUCGUGCGCACGACUUCAAGAAUUUGACAAUUUUCGUGAAGAUUCGCGAAAUUUAAGCAUGGACGAUGUUCUAGAGAGCUGGGAACAGAUAGAGGAAUCGGGUGCCUUGGACAAGAAAUUAAAUUCUCUUCGUUUAGAUGGAGUAGAGGAAGAGUUAGAGUCUUCUAGAUGUAAAACCAGUAAUAGUACAAACACCAAAAUGAUCAUAUUGGGAGAUGAUGGUAUCAGGUCUCAAUAUGUACCACCAAAACCCACAGUUAAGAUAUUAAAAAGACCAACUGCAGAUUCACGUGGAAGUGGUGAUGGACCAUUGAUGAAUGGUGAUAAACCAAAACAACCUAUUAAAUCUUUAAAACAGAGGGAACAGGAAUAUGCAUUAGCUAGGAAAAGAAUCAUGGGAGAAGAGAAGAGUCCAGAAGAGAAGUCAAUACAAGAGAUCAACAAGAUUCAGCCAAAGUCAAGUAUACCAAGUGGCAGUGGCCUACCGAAUAAUAUUGUUCGCAUGCCUACUGGUCCGGAUGGUACACGGGGUUUCAAUCGAAGGGAGAGAUCGGCUAUGAGGCCGAUUACGGAGCAGCUUCACAUUCUGUGUACAGAAGUUAACAAUUUCAAAGCUGCAUCCGACGAAUCGUCAUCAUGUGCGGACCAUAUUUGCAGGGUCAAGAUUAUGAACUUAUCAAAGCAAAGGAGAGAGAAGUGCCGCCGGUGUUGUGCUGUGUUCUGUUAGUGUUUUGCUACGUUUUAUGAAUCUGCAAUCGCGCGAUCAGAAAAAAAGGACGUACAUAGCAGAAGAGAUUAUAUGUAUCAUAUUUGAAUCACAGUUUUGCUUGUAAAUGCAUUCCUGUCGGGUGCGACGUGAACAAUGCAGUAGGAAAUGUGAAAUUGCUUUUGUGGAAAUAUGAAGAAAUCCUUGCUUUAUUUCUUGUAAA